UUCCAUGAAUAUUCUAAUGCCCUGAGGAAUAUGUCUGAGAUUUUAAUAGAUGAUCCAAAUUGUGAAGUUCCUACACAGCUAGCUUUACCAAAGUUUGAAAACUUCAGAAUUGAAAAUAUUGAAAAAGCAUUUAUUGAAGAAAAUUCUCUACAGUUACAAUCUCUUGUCAAGGCGAUCAAAAAAGCAUUUCAGAAGUAUCGUAAUCAAGUGGAGGAAACAAAGUUAAAGGUGACUUCUUUAAAAGAGCAGAAUUCAAUGCAGCAAAGAACAAUCGAGUUUCUAGAAGAUGAGAGGCAGAAAAUGCAACAGCUGAAUUCUCAACUUUCUUCUCAAUUCGAAACUUUGAAUUUAAAGAUUCAAAACUUUUUGAAAGAUGACUAUAAAAACAGAGAUGUAUCUGAAGAUAAGACUACAUCAUGCUUAGAAACUGUGAUAAAAUCUUUGAAUGAUCAAAUAGAGAGUCUUCGUGCUGAUCGAGAUCAUCUGUUGGAAGUUCAAGAAGAAAUGAAGUCAAAAAUUCAGGAAUGUAGUGCUGAAAAAAUCAGUUUAAAGUUGUCUGAACAAAAUUUAUCUUUGGAACUCAACAGAAGUUCAAAUAAAAUCGAGAUGCUUGAGAAAUCCCUUGAUACUGUGAGGAAAGAUUAUCAAAAUGCACAAGAGACUUUACAUCAAACUGCUUUAGAUAAAGAGUUAUUAGAGCAAGAAAAGCACAACUUUGCAACUGUUCUUUCUAAUUUGGAGAAGCAAUGCUCUGAUUUGAAGAACUGCCUUGAAAAAUUGCAAGAUGAAGAAAAUGUUGUGAGGGAAUCAUUGAUGUCUGUCCAAAAUUUAAAUGAAUCUCUGAGUAUGGAAAAACAUGACCUUUCUCAAUUGCUAGCAGAUGUUCGAGAUUGA